AUGGAUAACGGAGAAAAACAGUACUAUUCUCUUCAUGGACAUGCAAGGAACAAUAAUGUCGAAGAAAUGAUCAAGUUACUAAAUAGUCGAGAAAAUGUAAACGCCAAAGAUAAAUUGCACAGAACACCGCUCCAUCUUGCUUGUUAUGCUGGAAGUCUGGAUGCUGCGCGCUUGUUGAUCGAAUCUGGAGCGGAUGUGAACGCAAUUGGUAUGGAUAGCGUGACACCUCUCGCAUUUGCAGUAAUGAAAAAUCACAUUGAGAUUGUACUUCUUUUUUUAUUUGGCAUUCAUAUUGAGGUACGCUUGCUGCUGACAAAUGGAGCUGUUUCUGGAAUAAAUGCAAAGUUCAACAAGGAUUCAACGACUUGUCUCCUCGUUGCUGCAAAGAAUAAUAACAAAGAUAUGGUGAAGCUGCUAUUAGACAUGGGGAGCAAUCCGAAUUUGAGUAAUAAACAAGGUCAGCGACCUAUCGACGUGUGUAAUGAUGAAGAUGUUUUUCCUUUUCUCCGUAUUUACAACUAG